GGCAGCUAAGAGGCAGAAAAUUAUAACUCCUUGCUGGCUUUUCGGAGCUGUCCGCAUUUUUGUCGGAUAUUGUUCCUAGGGAUAGCUGGACUUAACUUUAUGUGAUGGUGAUACUUAGCAGGUUUCUAAGGAAUCUUGGCUGCCGAUCUGUAAACUGUCUGGAUUCUUCCCAAUGUAGAAAGGCUGAUGUCCUCCAACUGUUUAAUACAACAGCUCUGUACUCUUUGACUAUUGGACAUGGUUAAGGUAUCAAAAUACAUAAUCUAAUCAACAAUAUUAACUGCAGAAGUGAUGGAUGACAGCAAGUCUGAAAAGAUGGUAGAUAUUAUUCGACUGAAUGUUGGAGGCUUUAUGUACACAGCUAGAUGUGAAUCUUUAUGCCGUUUUAAGGAUUCAAUGUUAGCAGCUAUGUUCAGUGGAAGGUUUCCUUUAAAAAUGGAUAAUUCAGGAGCAUGCCUUAUUGAUCGUGAUGGCAAUCUUUUUAAAUAUCUCUUAAAUUAUCUUCAUGGAGAAGUUUGGAUUCCUGAAAAUGAGGAAACACGAAUUGCAUUACAAGAAGAAGCUGAUUACUUUGGCAUUCCUUAUCCUUACAGUCUUGUUGACCAUCUAGCUAAUGAAAUGGAGACAUAUUGUUUAAGAACAAAUGUAGAACUUAAGAAGGCACUCAUAGGUUUUUGUGACUCUUAUGGCUUAAUAUGCACUAAACCAACAGUUUGGGUCUUGCAUUACCUCAAUACUUCUGGUGCCAGCUGUGAGAGUAGAGUAAUUGGAAUAUAUGCCACAAAAGCUGAUGGAACAACUGCAAUUGAAAAGGAACUAGGAGGACGAAUAAAUAGUAAAAAUAUCUACAAAAGAGAGGCUGGAAACAACAUCCAGUACAUUUGGAGUUACUAUUCAGUAACAGAAUUGAAGAAGAUAAUGGAUGCAUUUGAGGCUUGGGAAGGAAGAGGUGCCAGCUACUGGCGAGUACCACAGGAGCUGAUAGAGUGUUGGACUCUUGAGGAGCAUUCUUUGAAAGGAAGCCUUCAAAAUAUGUCUCCAGUACGUAAACGACGAAUAAUUGAUUCUCCUGGUGAGGAAGAAAGACAACUGAAUAGCAGAACAGCUCGAAAGCUAGUUCAAUUCUCUGGCCCCUCUACAAGUACCUGCAUCAAAGUUAAAAACUCAGCUUCUUUAAAGAUAACAGCAUCUUCACCUCCCCAAACGGCUCUUAAGUGUCCUAGCAACAAUACUUCUUUAAUAAGCAAAAAGAUUUCGAGAACUCUUUAUGCAAGGACUGUCCCAUUGACUAAAAAUUCUCAGGCCUCUCUUAGAAACGCUGACCGUGGGGGAGUUGGCCAAAUGAUCCCAAAGUCUCCCUCGUCUAGAAAGUUUGCAACCGGUCGGGUGAUAAAACUGAAGCGGACUCCACUCUGUAAUGAAUCAGUUGUGAAGAAAGUUAAACAGCAAUUUCCAUCUACUGCAAUUGCUGCUACUUCUACAGAUCACUCAAACUGUGAGCAUUCGGCCCUUUCCCUGAGGUGCAGUACUAACAGAGAUGGUCUCCAGAAUAGCUAGCUGAGUGGGGAAUGUGUAAGACUGAUCUCUUUAAGAUGGUUAUUUUUUAACAACAAAACCUUUUACCUCUUGAGAGGUAAAACAAUCCCAGGUUCCACAGAAAUAUUCUAAUAAAAUCCUCUAAGAUGGUGGAUGGUAGUCAGUUGGUGUUCAUUUUUGUAAUGUACAUUAUAAAUAAUUACAAAGUAUAAUUAAAUGUGGAACAUUGGUUAUUUUAGAAUA